AUGCACUUUUCAAGGGUCUUCAAAUCAUCGCCGCACUGCGCGUCGAGUCCUGAUGGCAACCUGAUUGCAACCCUGUCCCCAACCAGCAUCACCGUGCGAUCUGUCGAAACCUUGGAGACGAUUCAUAGUGUUAAGGUGUCCCCCAAACUCGGCCCGGCCUACGCUCUGCGAUGGUCGCCUUGUUCCCGACGAAUCCUAGCCUGCUUUGCCGAGGAGAUCCGCGUCUACGCAGCUUCGGCCCCGGGCUACCAUGCCGUCAUCAGGAACCCGGCAACCCCCAACUUGAAGCCGACUUUUGUCCAGUUCGGCUCGUCAGAUGCCGAAGUCUUCAUGUGCUCCUCCUACGGACUCAAGUUCUCCAUCUUUGACCUGGCAGCAUCGUCAACAGUCGAGAUCACCAACCCAAAGUUUUACCAAGCUGCGGCUGCCUCGCGGGGCUUCGCCCUGAGGCCCGAUUCAAGCCAUCUGGCCAUCCUCACCAGAGUGGCUGGCAAAGACAUCGUCAGCAUCCACCACCCCAAAACGAGAGGGGUCCUUCGUUCCUGGCAGCCCGACACUGCCGACGCCCAAGCCCUGACCUGGACCCCCGACGGCCGCUGGCUCGUCAUCUGGGAGUCUGCAGCCCAGGGGCAUAAGAUUUUGUUUUACACUCCUGACGGCCACCUCUUCAAGACGUGGUCGGGCCCCUCGUCUAUAGAAGCGGAGGAUCAGCAUUACGAACUCGGCGCCGGCGUGAAGGCCUGCCAACUCAGUCCGGAUGGUGCCCGCCUUGCCGUGUGCGAUCACACCCGCAGCGUUCGCGUUCUGGACACCAACACUGUCGCCGAAUCGAUGAGGCUCGAUCACCCCGUAGCUAUCACUCCGACGGAGACUAUUCAGAUCUGGCAAGAACAAAUCGGCACCGGCCAGCCGGGUCCGCAACGUUCCUUCUCGAGAGCCACCCAAGCCGUAUCCGCUCCCGGCCGGACGAACAACGGAAGUACCGACGCAAAGCCAGCCCGGACCCUUGCCCUGUUUGAUGCGUCAUCGAGUCUCCUAGCCACAACGUUGGAGGACUGGCCAAGCACUGUUUGGGUUUGGGAUCUGGCGUCAUCCGAACUCCGAGCCGUCCUGCUCUUCCACGGCAACGUGUCUGCCUUCUGCUGGCAUCCGACUCAUCGAGAGGUGCUCGUGGUGACGUGCGAAGGAGAUAGCUAUGCAGGCCUUGCGUUCGUCUGGGACCCGCUCUCCGAUGGCCCCAAGACUGUGGACUUUGGCGGACAGUUACCGGAGGCAAAAGUCCUGGGAAAACCGCAGGUCUCGUGGCUUGACUGGACCGGAGACGCCGCUGUCCUCCUGCUGGGGGAUAACAAGUACCGCAUCAUGGCGUGCCUUGCGGAUCCCGAGGACUCGGUGGCUCCCUGGCAGGACGCGCAACGCGGUGAUCUGACCAUGACCACGGGCAGAGAUGAAACUCAGCUGUCCACCCCUGCACUGGACGGCUUCGAUGAGGAUCUGUCUGGCCUAGACAUGUCAGAAGUGGAUGACACAUUCUCCUUCAAAAGAACAUGA